GUGCUGCGGCACGAGGAGUUCGAGGAGGGCUGCAAGGCCAGCUGCAACGGCCCUUACGAUGGAAAAUGGAGCAAAACGAUGGUGGGUUACGGGCCAGAAGACAAUCACUUUGUUGCAGAAUUGACUUACAAUUACGGUAUCGGAGAAUAUCGCCUGGGCAAUGACUUUCUGGGCAUAACACUCGUGUCCAGCCAGGCCGUGAGCAAUGCUAAGAACAUGGGGUGGCCCCUCAAAGAAGUUAGAGCUGGUAUUUUUGAAGCUGAAGCCCCAGGGGGAUACAAGUUCUACUUGGAAGACAAGACACAGCUCAAGGAAGAUCCUGUGCUAAAGGUAACCUUGGGUGUCUCCGAUCUGCAGAAGUCUCUUAACUACUGGUCUGGUUUGCUCGGGAUGAAAAUAUACGAGAAGGAUGAGGAAAAACAAAGAGCUUUGCUGGGCUAUGCAGAUAACCAGUGUAAGCUAGAGUUGAAGGCUGUUGGAGGAGCGGUGGAUCACGGGACAGCGUUUGGGCGGAUUGCCUUCUCCUGCGCAAAGGAAGAGUUGCCAAACAUUGAAGCACUGAUGAAAAAGGAGAAUCAGAAAAUUUUAACACCCCUGGUUAGCUUGGACACACCUGGCAAAGCCACAGUGCAAGUGAUUAUUUUGGCUGAUCCUGAUGGCCAUGAAAUCUGUUUUGUGGGAGAUGAAGCGUUCAGAGAUCUGUCCAAGGUGGACCCUAACGGUGACAGAUUGUUAGAUGAUGCCAUGGCGGAGGACAACAGUGACAAAUGGUUUGCUGCGCAGAAAAUGAAGAAGGCUUCUGCUUAG